AUGUCAGCAACCACUAAUUGGACCACUUCCAAAAAUGAUUUGAUCAAAUGGAUAAAUGAAACAUUUAAAUUAACCAUUACUUAAUUAGAAGCACUUGGCACAGGUUGCAUAUUUUGUUAAAUUUUUGAAUACUUCUACCCUAAUUCCAUUUAGUCAAAUAAAGUGGUUUGGAAAGCGAAUACUGAAGUGGAAUUCAUCAAAAACUUCAAGACUCUAGCUGAGGCUUUUACAAAACUUAAUAUUUCAAAGUCUUUCGAUAUUUAAAAUUUAUCCAAAGCAAGAUACUAAGACCUAUUAGAUCUCGCAAUAUUUUUCAAAACCAAAUUCGAUAAAUAGGCAGAGAAGAGAACUGGAUAUGAUCCAUUAGAUUUCAGAAAGGGAGAAGAAAAAAAAAUAAUAAUUACUCAAAAUAGGAAACCUGUUUCUGCACUUAAAGAUAAAACCAACCUUGAAGACUCGAAGGUUUCACCCCAAUCUGUAUUAGUGAAAAGAUCAUCCUCUAAAGCUUAAAAUUAGAGAAGAAAUCAUGAGAGUACUGACCUAACCAAAACACCACAAUUGUCAUCAAUAACAGAAAUAGUUAAUAACACAGAAGACGAUGAGGCCACAAAAGUUAAGAAAAUAAAACAAUUGUUUAUCUGA